AUGGCGAAAGUCUUUAUAAAUCAAUUUGAUGGUUCUCCCAUCUGCAAACACGAGAAGCUGUUCUGCAAAAUCAUGGGAAUCUGUCUUUCAACUACCAAAGUCAGUGACGCAAACAGCAACGCCCCUUCUAACAACAACAGCAACAGCAGCAAUAAAAACAACAAAAAGAACCAGAAAGAGAGCUCCAAAACCUGUUCAACAGCGGCGACCCAGAAGGAUACAUCGCAUCAUCCACCACAGAAGCCAUAUGAGAGCCAUAAAAAUCGAUCACAGCAGCAACAGAAGGAUAAAGGGCAUUCGAGGUGGCCCAGCGGGGUUACUCCAUAUGGAAAGCGGACGGAUUUUGGGUACGCCAAGGAUUUCGAUAAUAAGUAUUCGAUCGGGAAAUUGUUGGGUCACGGGCAGUUUGGUUAUACGUUUGUUGCCACCAAUAAAUCCACCGGGGAACAGGUCGUCGUCAAGAGAAUAGAGAAGAAUAAGGUAGUUCAUGGCUCUGCUUUUCAUAGUAAGGAUUCAGGCAAGAACUAA